GUUUAGUAAAUUGAUUUACCUCUCAACAUAUCGAUUCUAUCGUUAGUGGUAUUCCCAGCUGUUUUGUUUAUAAGCUUUUUAGGAAAAUAGGCGGAGGAAACCGAAAUCCUCCGACUUGGCCAGGAUGCACCAGGCCUACAGUGUUCACUCGAUUCUGAAACAGGGCGUGCAGAUAGAGUCAAUAGCAGCAUAUGGCAACCAUGUCAUCUUGGGCACCCGCAGCGGACAGCUGAUUAUGUACUCUGUGGACGAGGAGACUGGCGUGGACAUGCGGAUGUUCAACAAGAACUUCAGCCGGAAACCGAUCACCCAGAUGGAGGUGAUUGCCUCGGAGAAUCUGCUCUUCGUGCUCACAGACUACCAGGUGCAGGUGUGUGACAUUCGGCGGAUUGAGAGCAACUUCGCCUUUAUGCACAGUGCGCCCGAUACGAAGGGAUGCACCCUGUUCACCAUGGACGUGGACACACCCAAGUCCACCACCGGACGUGUGGCCACCGUAAUUCGUGUGUGCUGCGCCAUCCGGCGGCGCCUUGUGUUCUUCUUUUGGAAGGAAGACAAGCUGAAUUCCCUGGAACUGAGCAUCGAUCUCAGCGAUAUACCCAGGACACUCUGCUGGGUGGGCCAUGCUGUUUGCGUGGGCUUUAAAGACGAAUAUGUGGUCUACGAUAUAUCAGGAAAAUCACCAAAGAAGCACGACCUAUUCCUUACCUCCUCCAGUAUCAGCAGAGAUCCCUGCAUCUGCCUUAUCCGCAACAACAUGUUGGGCAUCUCCAAGGACAGCUACCUCGUGGUGGUAGAUCCCAGCCAGUACAAAGAGACAGAUGGCAGCAAUAACUCCACAGAUGUAAGACCGGGUGCAAUGGAAAGCAAUAGUUCCCUAACUCCUCUGCUCUGGUCAAGUCCGCUUUUAGAUUUGGUCUGGGAUGAGCCAUUCGCUGUGGGUCGUGUCAACAACGCCAUUGAGGUGCGCAGCCUGGUGGGCAAGGACACCCUUGUCCAGACCAUUCCCGAACUUCAGAAGACGAAAUUCCUCGUCCACGCAGACAAGGGAACCAUCUUUGCCGCCGCCACCUCCGAGCUCUGGUGCAUCCGAAUGGUGGAAAUCCCUAUCCAGCGACAGCAAUUGCUACAGCAAAAAAAAUUCCAACUGGCCAUUGAGCUGACGCAAAUCUCCGAUGAACCGGCCGCGGACCGAGCCCAAACCAUUCGCCAGAUACACAUGCUCUAUGCAAAAGAGCUCUUCACCAACAAGGAGUUUUCGGCGGCCAUGAAAGAGUUUGAAAAGGCGGCUAUAGAUCCCUACGAUGUGAUAAGACUGUUCCCAAACUUGGUGCCUGAGCCAAAGCCCGGCACCGAGGACAUCACCGUGCCUACGUCCAGUACUCCUGCGCUAGAGGAUGGCGACCUGGAAAACGCCUAUUUGGCACUGAUCGAGUAUCUGGCUUGGGCCCGGCAGCGGGAAGUGGUCAAGCUGCGCGACACCAAAAGUAGUUCAAAAUCCCUGCUGGAGAUCAUCGAUACCACGUUACUGAAGUGCUAUCUGCAGACAAACGACUCACUAGUGGCACCGCUGCUACGUCUGAACCAGUGUCACUUAGAGGAGUCGGAAAAGACGUUGAAGAAGCACAACAAAAUCUCCGAGCUGAUCAUCCUGUACCAGAUGAAGGGCAAGCACAAGGAUGCUCUUAAACUGCUUCGAGAGCAGGCGAGCAUCGAAGGAUCUGUGCUGCAGGGGCGCAAGCGUACAAUACGCUAUCUUCAGGAGUUGGGUGUGGAUCAUCUGCCGCUGAUCUUUGAGUUCGCUGACUGGGUCUUAAACGAAAAUCCCGAAGACGGCCUGACCAUUUUCACAGACGAACUUAUUGAAGUGGAGUCCCUGCCGCGUGCCAAAGUUCUUGACUUUUUGAUUAGCAAGCACAAAGCACUUGUCAUUCCCUAUUUAGAGCACGUAAUCACUGAAUGGAAGGACAGCAACACCCUGCUCCACAACGUGCUCCUCAAACAGUAUCGCGAAAAGGUGCAACGGCUUCUUGCUCAGCAGGAGAAAGGAGAGGAAGUUCCCGAACUCAUUCCAAUGCGAGCCAAGCUGUACAAGAUGUUGGAGGAGUCCAACAGCUAUUCGCCGGAUCGCGUGCUAGAGGAAUUUCCCACCAACAUGCUGUUGGAGGAGCGCGCCCUGAUUCUGGGCAGGCUCAAAAAGCACGACAACGUCCUGUCCAUCUACAUCCAUGUUCUCGGAGAUGUUGUCAAGGGAACGGCCUAUGCGGAAGCCCAUUACAAAGAUGACGAGCAUAUAUUUCACACACUCAUUAAGUGCAUACUAAUACCACCAACUCAACCGCCCUAUGACAGCGUUCCCUUGCAUCCCGAUUUCUCGCAAGUGAAUCUAGAGGUCGCCCUGGAAAUCCUCAACACCCACGCAACCAAAAUCGAUCCAUUUGAGAUCUUCGAGCACCUUCCCGAUGAUCUGCCGAUGCCCCAGCUGGAGAAGUAUUUGGAGAAAUCAAUACGUAAAAAGAUGGCCGACAAGCACGAGAUGCAGAUGAUGUGCGGCCUCUUGGAGGCGGAGGCCACACGCCUGGAGAAUGCGUUGGAGGCGCAGCGAGACAUUAGCUUCGAGUUAAACGAGUCUAGUGUGUGCUCCGAGUGCAAGAAACGCUUUCAAACCCAGUCCGCCUUUGUGCGCUAUCCAAACGGACAGAUCGUGCACCUAUCCUGCCACGAUCGCAUCGCCAGGGCGGCUGCGCAGCAAUAAAUAAAAUACUCCAAUGUGAUAACUGAUCGAAGUAUAAAGUGCGAAUUGAAUGAAA